AACGAAAUCUAAUUUUCCACGAACAGCCACCGAAUAACCCACCCAUGCCUUCUCCAUCGACCGCCCCGGCCGGAAGCAGCAGCGCCCCCUCCACCGACGCCGCCGCCGCCGCCGCCAUGCUGACCUCCGUCCACCCGGACGUGAUCCGGGCCCACAUCCUCACCCGCCUCGACGGCCCCGCCCUCGUCGCCGCCGCCUCCGCCUCCGCCCAGCUCCACUCCCUCUCCUCCGACGACUGCCUCUGGCGAGACGUCUGCGUCGCCGCGUGGCCCUCUGUCGGGGACCCCAGCGUCGCCGGGGCCAUCGCCGGAUUCCCCGCCGGCCACCGCUCCUUCUUCUCCGACUCCUACCCCGUCCUCCACCACCACAAGCCGCGGGGCCGCCGUUCGUCGCCGCUGCCGCCGCCCCCGGCCGAGUAUUUGAUCUCGGCCGUCGAUGUCCACUACGAGGGGGAGGCGAUAUUCUCCAAGGUCCACGAGACGGAGACGGCGUCCGGGUGGUUCGAGAGCUCGCCCUUCCGAGUCGACCUGCUCGACCUGAAAGAGUCCGUCCCGACCGGGAUCCAGAAACCCGCGGGGACGCCCGACGAGGCCUGGCUGAGGCACCUGGAGGAGAGCCUGUCCCUGAGCUGGAUCGUGGUCGACCCGGCCCGGCGGCGCGCGGCGAACUUCUCGACCCGGAGGCCGGUCUCCGUGCAGCGGCACUGGCUGACCGGGGACGUGCAGGCGCGGUACGUGACGGUGGUGGCGGGGGGGCCGCCGGGGUCGGCUUCGGAGCACGUGCAGUGCACGGCGACGUUGACGUGCGGGGGGAAGGAGGGCGGGAAGCUGCACGUGAGGGAGGUGAGCUUCCAGGCGGAGGACAUGGAAGGGAAGAGCCUGACCGGGAGGGACAGCCUGGUGAUCCUCGGGGAGGCCAUGGAGGGCGGGGAGAGGAGGAAGGCGAAGAGAGGGAGCGAAGGGAAGGAGAGGUUCGAGGCGUACGAGGAGAGGAAGAGGGAGAGGAGGGAGAGGAAGCAGAGGAGGGAGAGGGCCCUGGACCUGGUCUGCAUCACCGUCGGGGUCGCCGUCUUCGUGGCCUUCUGGUCGUUCAUCCUCUUCAGAUGAGCACCGGACGAGUUGCAGAACGUUCAGCAAUCAAGUACAGCGUGUUCAGACAGCAGACACGAGGUUUUAUAGCCUACACAAACACCAUUACAGAUAGAGAGAAUAUGAAAGCAGAGAUUAGUCGGGGUUACAGAAUUCGUUCAUUCUUCUUCUUUUCCUGUGUCCGUUGUCGGGUCGGAUCAUGGAAUGGCCGAUGCCGAGCCCGAUCGAUGAUGCAGUUGGUUAUGUAAUAACAGAGACGAGCUCCCUCUCUGGUGAAUAAGGUCAUAGCAUACAUUAGUAACGAUUCAUUGUAAGAGCAAAAUUCAUUCUACCGAUAUAUAGCGUGACGAUACGAUUUAUAGCUUCAA